AUGAGGACUCUCUGCUCUGUGCUGCUGAUAUGCUGCCUCCUUUUCUCAUCUACCACCCCAGCUACAAAGUCUGUGUUGGGUGUAAAAGAUGUUGAUCAGUGCCUCAGGAAGAGAGGGUACUGUUAUGAUCGUUGUUUUAAAAAACACAGAAGAAUAGGUAGCUGUCGCCCAUACAGGCACAGCUGCUGCAAGAACAUAAAAUGA